AUGGACCACCGGGACGCUCAGUCGUACAGUGUUAACGUCCGGAUGGGCAAUUGGGUGGAAGAAACUUGUUUGCAAUCCGUGGUCUUGGACUCAACCUCCGAGUUCCUGAGGUACGGCGAAGACGCACAGCUCUUGUGUCCGGACGUCCGUUUCCCCGGCUGGUGUGACGGUGCUGGCGGCGUAGCACUGUCGUGUUCGACCAGCGACCACAACUCGGAACUGGACGGGCUGGGACCGGGCUGCACCAUGACUGCUUCCCCGCUGACCGAGAGCUGCGUCCGAAACUGCUUCAAGAUUUGUGGAAUCGGAAGCAGCUGCGAAAAAGGCGAACCUUUGAAGUUUGGCGAUACGUUUGCCAUUAGCCCGUGCGUCUCUUCCAAGCCACUGUUCGUCGCUGCCGUCAUGCCUCGUCUGUACGCCGAACGAGGAGUUUCCGGUCAUCCGGUGCUGAAACUCGUCGACGCGCAGGACCCGUAUUGCCGGUGGACGGUUGCCUACUGGCGUAAGACGAUGCGCGAGAAAGCCGAAGGACUUCCGGUUCCGAACGGAGCCAGGGUGGUCCUAAAGCACAAUGCCACGAAUCUGAACGUAGCGGUGGAGACGGACUUUCGGAUUGCGACGUUCUUCGGCGACGAAUACGAAGUGACCGCACACUCGAUCAAGGACUCCGGAGGCCACGAAAAGGCACAGAAUAUUUGGGAGUUUGUCACUUCCAACAAACGUCCGGAAACCGACGACGACGGGACGAACAAUGACACAAAAACGAACAAAUAAUAUAAUAUUAUUUUAUUAUAUUUCCGUAGUAUAUCAUAUAAUAUAAUACAAUGAUAAUAUGUCAUUAUCCAACUUAUUUACGGAUUUCACUGCAAACAGAAAAAACAACACGACAAAAGUUACGGUUAAUACAAAAGUGCAAAUAUUUUUCUCUCGGCUAUACAUAGAGACCGCCAAAAAAGUGUUAUCGUUUUACACGGUAUACAUAAAACAAAAACAAAACAAAUAAACAAAAAACGUAGUAUUUGAUUAUCAGUACAAAUAUUAUAUUUAGUUUUUUUUGUAGAAAAAAAAAAUAAUAAAUAAAAAAUAAAACGAGAUAAUUUCGACAUCACGAUUCACGAUCGGCAAAAAAAAAAAUAAUAAUUCGUUUGAAUUUCGAUUUAAUUGUUGAGUGCCUGUAUGUAUAUAUAUAUGUAUAAUAUGUAUAUAUAUAAUAUU